AUGAUGUUGAAGGUACCGUGUACCGCGCCCGACCAAAUCCAAUCCCUAGCUCCUCAAUGUAGAUUCCUUAACCAGCAUCGUAGCAGUUCCCAUUUCACUCGCCGCAGAGCAAACGCUGUCGUUUACUCUUCCCCUGUCGCUAAGAUUUCUACUCAGCCUGUUGUUUCUGAUGGAGUCACUAAGGUUGAAUCCGGGUGUGAAAGCUUGGCUGAUCGCCUUCGGUUAGGGCACUUGACGGAGGAUGGUUUCUCCUAUAAGGAGAAAUUUAUCGUUAGGAGCUAUGAAGUUGGGAUUAAUAAAACUGCUACCGUUGAGACUAUCGCUAAUUUUUUGCAGGAGGUUGGCUGUAAUCAUGCUCAGAGUGUUGGAUUUUCAACUGAUGGAUUUGCUACAACCCCCACCAUGAGGAAGCUGCAUCUCAUAUGGGUAACUGCUCGCAUGCACAUUGAAAUAUAUAAAUACCCUGCCUGGAGCGAUGUUGUUGAAAUUGAAACAUGGUGCCAAAGUGAAGGAAGAAUUGGAACUAGACGUGACUGGAUUCUGAAGGACUAUGCCACUGGUCAAGUUAUCGGGAGAGCCACAAGCAAGUGGGUGAUGAUGAAUCAAGACACUAGGCGGCUUCAGAAAGUAACUGAUGAUGUCCGAGAUGAAUACUUAGUUUUUUGCCCACGAGAACUCAGAUUAGCAUUUCCAGAGGAAAAUAAUCGAAGCUUGAAGAAAAUUUCAAAAUUAGAAGAUACUACUCAAUAUUCCAAACUUGGUCUUGUGCCAAGAAGAGCAGAUCUAGACAUGAAUCAACAUGUUAAUAAUGUAACUUAUAUCGGAUGGGUUCUAGAGAGCAUGCCUCAAGAAAUCAUCGACACCCACGAAUUACAAACGAUCACCUUGGAUUACAGAAGGGAAUGCCAACAUGAUGAUGUAGUUGAUUCGCUUACCAGUGCAGAAUCUCUUGAGGGUGCUGGUUUAGAUCUUCAUGCAACAAAUGGAUCUGCCACUGCAAUUGCAGGCGAGCAAGACAGUCGUAACUUCUUACAUUUACUUAGAUUCUCAAGUGAUGGCCUUGAAAUUAACCGUGGCCGCACCGAAUGGAGAAAGAAGCCCUCCAGAUGA